AUGCCGGCCAUCAAGCGAGAGCGCCCGGACCGGGAGGAGCUGGCGCUGGCCGCCUUCAACCAGCCCAUGGAGACCUUGCCGGACUACCUGGUCCCCUUGGCGGCCGCCGCCAUCCCCGUGGUGACCCCGCACCCGCCGGCGUACGAGCAGCUCUUCGCCACGGCUGCCCACCACCACCACCACCACCACCCCCACCACCCCGCGCAGCGCGCCUACCUGGACUUCCACGCCGCCCCCCACGCCCACCCGCCGCCCCCCCUCCCGGAGGACCUGAUGCUGGAGCGCUUCUCCUCCAUCCCGGAUUUCCAGCCCUUCUUCGACAGCGGCGAGCCCUGCAUCGAGGUCGAAUGCGGCGAGAACAAGGCGCUGCUCUACAUCAACAAGUUGUGCCAGGGCAGCAAAGGGCCGUCCAUUCGCUACCGGGGCGAGUGGCUCACCCCCAACGAGUUCCAGUUCGUCAGCGGCAGGGAGACCGCCAAGGACUGGAAACGGAGCAUCAGGCACAAAGGGAAAAGUUUGAAGACUCUUAUGUCCAAAGGAAUCUUACAGGUACAUCCUCCAAUCUGUGAUUGCCCUGGGUGUCGAAUUUCGUCUCCAGUGAAUCGGGGGCGGCUGGCCGAGAAGAGGACAAUCCCCUUGCCUCCCACCAGGACGUUGAAGAAAGAGCUGCCUUCCAUUUUCUCACACAGCGAGGACAGUGAGGAGAGUGACAAGGUCAACGGUCACCACCCUGAUGUCAAGCAAGAGGAGGAUUUGCAUAUUAGUAUCAUGAAAAGAAGGAUACACGCGCACUGGGAUCUGAACAUCUCUUUCCGCGAGACCUCUUGCAGCCGGGACAACGACCUCACCUCCUUCAUCUCCAACCUGCACCAGAGCCGCCAGCUCGUUAUGCCAGAGACGCAAAACCGCUGCGAGUUCAAGAGAAGCACCUUGGACGUCGGCUUGGGGGCAGCAGAUGAAGUUUUAGGUAAAAGAAGAGCGUGUUCGCCUAACAGCAACAGUGAGUGCCCCCUCGAAAGCAAGAAAUCCCGAAGUGAGUCCCCUAAAGAAAACUCGCACACGCCCCUGCUGGAGGGCGCCGUGACUCAGAUGACCCCCGAGGAGCAUUACAGGCGCAUGAUGUCGGCCCUCAAUGAGCAUGGCACCUUUGAGGAGCAGCAACAGCAGCAACAGCGCCUCUACCAGUUGGCCAACAGCAUGGCGGUGCCCAGCCACAGCGAUCUCCUCCGAGCGCGACAAGAGGUGGCGGCGGCGGCGGCCCGCAACCCCGGCACCAUGGAGGCCCACCUCCCUUCAGCCAGCAACUCGUCCAGUCAGCGCAGAAAGCAGGGGCUCCCCCAGCACCGGGAUUCGCACUUCACCGAGAGGGAGAUGUCCCAUCCACCCCCUCUUCUGUCGCCUCAAAACGCUCCUCACAUUGCAUUAGGACCCCACUUGAGACCCCCGUUUUUAGGGGUGCCUUCGGCUUUGUGCCAGACGCCAGGUUACGGGUUCCUACAGCCGGCCCAGGCAGAGAUAUUCGCGCGGCAGCAGGAGAUGCUGAGAAAACAGAACCUUGCCAGGCUCGAGAUGUCGGCCGAGAUCAUCCGCCAGAAGGAAAUGGAGAACCUCCAUCGCCAGAGGCUACUGGCCGGCGACCCCAUCAACUUGCACCCGGGCCUGCCGCCGGACCACCCGGCCCUGCGCAACGUCCACGACCUCCCCGAGGGACACCCGCUGCGGGACGAGCUCUCACGGAGGAACGCCAUGCUGGUGUUGCGGCACAACAACACCCCGCUCCUGUCGCUCAACCCCCACGGGGUCCCCAGCGCCUCCACCACCCCGCCCAAGGAGCCGGGCAGCCGGCGGGGCAGCCGGAAGUCGGCGCACCACCGGGCCGAGGCGCCGGGCCAGAGCGAAUCCAAAGAGCUGUCCGAAAGCCGGCCCCCCGACGGCAACGACGAGGAGAUGAAGGACUCCGAGAGCGACGCCGACGUGAGCGACGAGAAGCCGGACGGCCUGAAGGUGGAGAGCGGCGGAGGCGGAGGCGGCGAGCCGAAGGAAUGCAAGGAGGCGGCGAAAGCCUGCGAUGGCACCAAAGAACUGAGUGAACUGUCUGCCGGCCAGAACGCCCCCUGCAGCUCUGCCAUUGCCGAGUCGCCCAGCCCUCUCCUUGGCCCGGUCAUCAGCAAGCCCGAAGCGAAAUACCUCCCACCCGCCUCCCUCCCGCCUCCUCAGCCGCUGCCGUUUGGUUUUCCGUACACCAUGAGCCCCUAUUUCCAUGCAGGCACCAUGGGAGGCCUCUUUUUGGACGGCGAAGAGAGCCCGGCGCUGGAAGACAUCAGCAAGUGGACCGUGGAGGAUGUUUGCAGCUUCGUGGCCAACUUGGCUGGCUGUGCAGAGUAUGUGCAGGUCUUCCGGGAACAGGCCAUCGAUGGCGAGACGUUGCCGCUCUUGACAGAAGAGCACUUACUGAAUAACAUGGGGCUGAAGUUGGGACCGGCGUUGAAGAUAAGGUCACAGGUAGCCAAGAGAGUUGGCCGCGUCCUGUACGUGGCCGGCUUCCCCAUGGCCUUCCCGCUGCAACCCCCGGGCCUGCGACCCCCAGACCGCGACCUGCCUCCCGCCGAGCUCCGCCCGUCCUCCACCGGGAGCGUGGCCUCCUCGCCGUACAACAGCACGCUCAUCCCCGCCAGCCGCAUCUCGCCAAAGCAGGAAAAUGGAAACCCCUUACUGGCUGGGCUCAACGACGCUGCAAAGCCGCCGUCUUAACUGGCGGCUCCGGCCCGGCCCGGCCUCUUGUCUUCGGUCCUCGGGCUCCCGGAACUGAAACCUUCAGUCUGAAGCACGGAGCGCCACGGAAGGGCGCUCCAACGUUUAGGAUUUUACAGUGAUGGUUGUGGGACGAGGAGGGAAGAGGUGGCGGCGGGGGUGGGUGGGGAAACCAACCCAAAGAUUUCUUGGAAGCAAUUCGAAAGGGACCCGUGAUUUUCGGAGAACAGGGACGUUUGCUCCCCCCCCCCCCUUCGCCUUUACGGAAAUGCAACUCUGGAGGCCGUCCGAGGGGGGACCUCUCCCCGCCCCACGACUCUUUCGAAAGGCGUCCCUCGCUGGAACCAGUACACAAUUCCUCUUUCAGGGUGUCUAUGCAUCGCUAACAACUUUCGAAACAAUACCAAAGACAGACGAAGUGACCCAGCGCCCACGUUCCGGUCCAUGUUUACUUCAGUUUGGAUGGUACGGCACAGCUAGCUCUGUGGGGUACAGUGUGUGUUCGUUUUUUAGCGCUCUUCUUUUCUCUCGUUCCGAUCGUUUUAAAAUUGCCUUUUCAGGGGUUUUGCUGCUUCGACAUUGCAGAUUGACUGUCAGAGAUGCCCGCCUCGCCAGGCCCUGCACGGACUUGUUUUGUGGAAGGAAAUAAUAAUAAUAAUAAUUCUAAUUAUAAUAAUAUAGCGUUGGGAAAAGGGGAGAUCAGGAGCAUAGAGCAGGCAGAAGGGGGAAAGAGCGCGGCUGUGACUCUCCCCUUCUUGAAAUGCGCGUGUACAGAAGAUGUGUGUUCCAUUUUUAUUUUGUUUUGUGUGCGUGCGUGUGUGUGGAUAUUUUGUGGGGUGGGGGGGGAGAGCUUCGUUGCAGAAGAUACGGAGUUGCACAUUGUACCUGGCUGCCAUGACCAGGUUAAUAGGUACUGGAGAAAAACCCAACAGGGCAGGGGGCUCGCGCCAGCUGUCCCCCCGUCCCCCCACCUCGCGAUUUGUACAGUGGUGGAGAAACAAUCACGUGAGUGACGCCUGUCCGUCUUUCCCGAUUUGCUCUUUCUGUUUUUAAAAACACCUGCACGUUC